GUAGGUGUUCUUCCUGGUUGUUGAUUCCCAUGUGAAAGUAGCAACAUCUCGGCCAUUAGCAAGUUUCAGUAGAAUGCACGCGAUAAUUGAAAAUAACAUUCGAUAGCGUGAGUAGACGCGCGCGCGCUUUUUGCUGUAAAAGCGUCUCCUUUUGAGCUGAAGGAUUCAUGCAAUGCAGUAUUCAUUUUGACUAAGUCCAAAAUGCCCGACUGCUGUGCCGCAGCAAACUGCGAGCAGAGUACGGACCAGUCCAACGUUUCCUUCUUCAGGUUCCCACUGGAUCCCGUUCGAUGUAAACAAUGGGUGGGAAAGUGCCAAAGACCAGAUCUGGAGACCAAAACACCUGAAGAUUUACACAGGAACUACAAAUUGUGCUCAAAACACUUUGAGACCUCAAUGAUAUGUCCGCAAAGCUCCCAGAUGUCUGUUUUGAAGGAUGAUGCUGUUCCUACUGUUUUCAAUUUUGCAACCAACCAACCAACUGGCAACAGAAAAAGGACACGGGAGAAAACAGGAGAGGAGCCGGUUGCCACAAAGAAAUCUAAAGGUACCAUCAAUAACUCAAACCCCUCUUUGCCAGAGGCACAAGAUAAAGUUGAGAGUGAUUCUGCUGAGAACAGCGAAACACACAAUCCUCCUGCACAUGAGGAGUCAGAGGAGGAUCCUGCUAUUUCCAAAGCGAAGGAAACUUUGAAAGACUACUUCAAGGAGACUUUAGCUUUCAUUGGUUUUAGCAUCGCAAACAAUGCAUCUCUUAACGUUGUUAAACCACUGGGGAAUGACCCAGCUGGGUCACUCUCUGUCAACACCAUAUGUGCAGAGAAGAUCGACCAAAAAGAAGUGCUCACCUUAGGUGAGGAUGUCAUGCGUGAGGAGAUCCGUAAUAGCUUGCGGCUUGCGCGCUUUUUUUCCAUAUUUCUCCAAGACAAGGUAAACAUUGAUGGCAAGGACCAGAUUUCUGUGUUUAUCCGCUCAGUCACAAGUGAAGGCUUCCCACAGAAGCACCUCAUGGGAUUCCUUCCCUGUGAUGUAGACUCUGAAAGUCUGUUCCUUAUGCUUAUAUCUGAAAUCCGGAACAAGUGGGGUCUGCGGAUGGAGCACUGCCGCGGCUUCACCUACCUGUCAUCAGGUGCCAUGUGUCAGAAACUGAAGGAUCUCUCAUGCAGGAUGCUGCGGGAUUUUCCACAGGUAGUUUUGUCCCCUAGUGAACCUUACGCUUUCAAUGUGUGGUUGAUUCGCUCCAUGCCCAUCCUUCCAAUUCAGGAUGUUGUUGAUACUUUAGAGCAGGUUGCUUCCAUUAUUAGGCAAUCGGAAACUCUGGCAAAGAAACUUAAUGCCAAGAUCAUUGCUUCGUACAGCCACAUCAAAGGCGAAGUGGACAGAGUAAAGGAGUCCUGUCAGAACCAUUGGGAACAUGCCACAGAUGCUUUUCAGACAAUGCUUGAUAUCUUAGAGCCACUUUUGAGCAGCAUUGGAGAGAUGUGCACCAGUGCCCUUUCAGAUGUGGACGCUGACACAAUCGUAGGGCUUCUAAUGCUGAAAGAGAAGCUGAAGAACUUCAAUUUCCUCAUUACUCUUGUGGUUUUGAAAAACACGCUGUGUUGCGUGAGCAUCCUGAACCCUAGUCUCAGGGGAAUAAUCAGCAUCAGCAGCACUUUGCAGUACACCAUCUCCAACACCUUAAAGCUUUUAAACAAACAUAUGCAGGAGAUCAACAUUUUUCACAGGAAGUGGUUUUCUGAUGCAGUGGCCAGAGCCAAGAAGUUGGGGGUGUCAGUGGAUCUGCCAGUGGAGAUGGUGACAAAUGGUGAUGGUGCAGAGAAACAUCAAGCCUCAUUGGAGGAUUACUACAGAGAAGCACUGAGUAAGAAGGUUAUACAGUACCUUGUUGAUGAAGUCAAAAGAGUCCUAGGCACUGAAAUGGCAAGAAUCCUCAGAUGGUUGUCAUUGGUGCCCUCAUAUAUGGCUGACCACAAUUUUAGCAUACGCAAAGACAAAGUUGCUGAUGCUAACCUGAAUAACUUGGCUCGUCCUGACUCCUUUUAUGAUGAGCUGGGCUGUUGGGAAGUGAAAUGGCGACAUGCUAGCAAGCGAAGGAUUCUUCCCACCAGUGUUUUUGCUACCCUAAAGAUCCCAGAUAUAGGAUUUUACCCAAAUGUACAGAGCCUGUUGAGAGUGUUGGGCACCAUCCCUUGUGUCCGCGCCGAAUCAGAUGUGUAUGGGCACUAUGACAUGGUGUUGGACCGCUAUCACUCCUACAUGAAAGAACUACCAGCGGAAAAGAGACUGAGCAAUAUGGCCUUUGUUUAUGUCAAUCAAGAUGUCCACUUCAGCACUGAGGAAAUGGUGGAGGCGUAUGUGAAGAAAUAUCCAGAAAUCUUGCAGCUAUUACGUGAAGAUGAUGUAAUGGAAGUGCAACCAUCAGUUCCUGAAACCAGUGCAAAUGAUGCCUCUAAAGAAGAUACAGAAGAACAGAGAGAGAUGACUUUAAAUAUGGACAUUGAGAGACCAAAACUGCCUGAGUAUGCAGAAACUGAUAAAGAGGCAUUCAAAUCUGCAUUACAGGCAGCUGUCACCGCAGCAUACAGUAGGCAAAGCAGACACACUCAGGGUGAUCAAGAUCAAGAAUUAGAAUAUGUGACCAAAUCCGAGAUGAAUGAAGUCCUUAAAGUUUGUGAGGAUGUUGUUAGGGAUAGGAUUCUUUUAGAGGCCGGAAAUUCAUUCUUCUCCCUGUUUAUCGACAGAGUUGUUAGAUUCGGAGAGACAGAAUACAUUCCCAUGUUCAUCAGAUUUGUUGACAGUUUUGAUGUCAUGCGUCUUGAGCUUCUGGGUUUUAUCGAGGUUAGGCAUGACACUGAGGCCAUGUGUGAACGACUUUUUGAUGUAGUCACCAAUGAGUGGCAUCUGGAUUUGAGCUACUGCAGAGGUCAAGCUUACCUUGGCUCUGGGGAAGUAUCCUACAAGCUCAAGGCCUUUGCAUGUAAAAUACAGGAGAAGUAUCCUCUUGCUAUAUGCACACACUGCUCGUGUUACUCUUUCAAUACCUGGUGGUCAAGGUCAGUUCCAGUAGCUGCAGUCAUCAGAGCCAUUGACACAUUAGAGGAGAUAGUGUCAUUUUUCCACAGCAUGCCUGCCCUUGAGAAAGAGUUAGAUCAAGUCUUAGCCAUAGGCCUAAGAGAGAGCUAUGAGAAAAUCCAUGAGCUUCAAGGAAAGUUCUGCUCCACUUGGCUUGAGAAACAUGACUCUUAUGAAGUCUUUGCUCAGAUUCUGGAGCCUCUGGUAGAUUGGUUAGAAAAUAUUGAUAACUGCCAAUCUCAGAGAUGGAGUUCGGCCGUAUCCAAAAAAGCCAAGAGACUACUUCAGUUAAUAAGGGACUUUGAUUUCAUUGUGGCAAUCAUUGCGCUAAAAAACGCCUCAUCCUUCACCAAAGAACUGAGUGCAGCACUACAGAAAGACCAUUUUAGUGCUGCCUCGCAGCUUAGCCAGAUCAGUGGUAUUGUGGCCACACUUAACAGAGUGAAAACCAACAUCAAGGUUUUCCAUCAGAAUUGGUUUGAUGAAGCUUCUUGUUUUGCUCAGAGUCUGAGUGUGCAGGUUAAAGUUCCUGAUAGUGUGAUCAUUCCAAGGGACAGCCUUUUGAAACCUGGUUCAUACUACAAAGAUGCAAUGAGUGUCCCUUUAGUUGACCACCUUAUAAACAUGGUAAAAGACUAUUUCUCUGAUGACCACAAGGAGGCCCUCAACCUGUUGUCCUUGGUCCCUUGCUCUGUGACAAUGAGCUAUGUUUUUGAAAUGCUCAAGUCAAAACCUCCAUUGUACAUUGGUGAUCUUCCCGAUCCUGACAACUUCUUCACGGAGCUGAGCUGCUGGAAAGUGAAGUGGAAAACAAAAGUGGUUAGUGUAACCAUACCAGAGACCAUUUUUCAGACUCUGCGUCUACCCCUUAUGCAGUACUUCAUAAACAUCAACACAUUGCUGAAGAUUAUGUGUGUGUUGCCAAGCACAGCUUUGGAAUAUUGUGGUGAGGUGAAGCGGCACAAAAUGUAUCAAGACUAUGUGAGCACCACCUCACCUAUGGACAGAUCACCCUGUUUAGCCGUGCUUCAGGUGGGCAUUGACUUUAACAGAGACCUAGACCAAAUGGUUGCUCAGUGCUUAAGGCUCACACCGAAGACAUUGGAGGGUAUUUGUCUGGACAAAGAAUCCAAAACCUUAGGAAGGGCUGCUGAAAUGAAAACCGAAGAUGACACCCACGUGAUUGAAGAAGAAGACAGGGAAGCUCAGCAGGACUCCAGAAUACUUGUGAUGAAUUCUGAGAUUACUGGCAGUGAAGCAGACAUCCACAAAGUUGGAGCAGAAAGCAUACAGACUCUGCAGCAGUCUGAGAAUAUAGAAGUGUUUGCUGGUUGCUUGGAAGUGGCAUCUGAGGAGCCGCAUGUAAAGGUUGAAGAAGUAGAGCUGGUUCCAGAUGAGAAUGGCCAUUCCAAUGAACCAGCUGACAGCACAAGUAACUGUGACGAAGUCUUUAUACAGGCAGCUAAGCUUGCAAGGAGAAACUGCUCAUUGAUUGACCUCAGUAAACCAGAGCAAGAUGCCGUUGUUCAGAAUCUUGCCUCGUGUCAUUGGGUACAGGAGGAAGGGAAAUUGUUUUCAGAGGGAGAAAUGUUACAAAGAAUUGUGAAGGCCAUACGACAAACAAUCCUCACUGAAGUUCAUGACUCUCCUUUCUUUUCAAUCAUCACUGAUAGAACUAUCUCAGUUGGAGAGGUGAAGUUCCUACCAGUCUUUGUUAGAUAUGUGAAUGACUGCAUACCCAAAGUGGAGCUUAUAGGAUUUCUGCCUUUUGAUGAAAGCUCUGAUGUGGAUUUGCAAGCUAAGGCUCUUUCAACCACACUUGAGGAUGAGUGGGGACUUCAAAUGGGCUGCUGUCGUGGCCAGUCCAUCAUGUGCUUUGGUACGGGGAGCAGAAGUCUCAGAAAGAUGGCUUUGGGCUUUAUAGAGAGCUAUCCGUUAGCUGUGAACACUCCCAGUGAGUCUUGUGGACUUGCCUACUGGCUGGCUUUAAGCCUACAAAAUGCCUCCAUUACAAAGGUUCUAGAGACCGCUGAGAAUCUGCUACAGUUUUUUGACCAGUCACCCAAAUUAGGCAGUGAGCUUUCCAAGACCAUGGAUGGGCUGCUGAAUACACCACGGGAAGCACUUGGAGAGAUCCCAGAGACCUGCCUCUCCAGAUGGAAAAAGAGAGAAGACUUCUUCGAUAUUUUGGUGGACAUGCUGGAGGGAGUCCUGAACUGCUUAGAUUCUGUGAGCACCAACUGCAGUGGGUCAUGGAGUAGAAGCAUGUCACUGCAUUCCCAGACCCUGUCCACCGCUAUUAGGCAGGUUGAUUUUGUCAUCCCCCUAGUGAUCUUAAAGAAUGUCUGUGCUCCCUUGAGGAAUUGCAGCACUGUGUUUCGCUGUGGAAACCCUGCUGACAUUAUUUGCGAACUUGAGAAGAUUAUGCCAAUAAUAGAUUAUUUUAGCAAGAUGUUGGACAAUCUGAGUGCAAUGCAUUCUAUCUGGUUUGAGGAGGCAGUGGAGCUUGCUGCUAAGGUCAUGGGAUUGCUGUCAUAUGCAGAAUCUGUCAGUAGCUAUGAUUCACCAGAAAUGUUCUACAUGGAAGCAGUAAGCUUACCAAUUCUAAAUGGUUUAAUUGAAGAAAUGAAGUUUAACUUCUCAGAGAAUCAUCUAAAAGCCCUGAAAGUUUUGUCCCUACUGCCAACGUGCAACCCUCUGCCUAUUCUCCCAGAAUCCACAGAUAAACUGCACACUAUAUACCUGAGUGAUCUCCCUGAGCCAGAGACAGCUGAAGAAGACAUUAACACCUGGGCCACAGUAUGGAGGGAGAAGUAUCAAGAUGUUUGUCCCCCCACCUCCAUCUCUGAGACAUUGCUCCAUAAUGAAGCCAGAAACCUUCCAAACGUUACAACACUUCUUAAGCUUGUGGCAGUGUUGCCUAGUAUUAGCAUGGAGUGUGAUCUAAUGAAGACGACACUAAACUCCUUGAGGACCUUACUCAGAGGUAGUAUCUUCAGUAAGCCUGAAGCUGUGAUGCUUCUAAUGCAUCGCCAGACACUGCAGAGCCUGGAGGAGGUUAUUGAGAAAUGCAUGGAGGUUGAUCCAGAAAGAAAUCAAUUCCUUGCUCAGGUAAAAUCAAGAGUUAAUCAUCUGAGAAUGGAAGGUGAGGUGAUUACCAUGGCUCCACAGGAGAUGGCUGUAGAUAAAAAUGGUUCGGAUUAUCCACAAGAGACAAAGGUUGCUGGAAUCGAUGUUGAAACUGCUGCUCCAGAGGCAAUUCUAGUGGAAACCAAUGAUUCUAGUGAAAUGGAAAGAGCUGAAGAAAACAUACCUGAACAGACAUCAUCUUUAACACUUAACAGCUCAGAAAGAGCCACAACUACAGCUCAAGUCUUCCAUGCUCUGCCAACCAGCACAUCUGACCAACUAAUAGAAUCUGUCCAAGAUGCCAUUAUGCAAUCUACAGUAACAGAACAUGAUAAAAGUGAUCCACUGAUCGUUCUUGUUCAAGAUGUAAAUAAUAGAUCUGAAGUACUUGAUCAGUGUGGAAUUGGUCCGUCAGUAACAGAGGAUCAAAUCAUUACUAAUCAAGGUGAAACUGAGCAAUUUAAUGAAGAGCGGCCAGUUAGCAAUGUUCAGUCAGUAUCAUUCAAUCAAAGUGAAACUGAUGAACCUAUGGAAGUUGAUCAGUUUGUAGUAGCAGAACCAGGUAAAGCUGACCAGCCAGCAACAGAAGAACAAAGUGUACCUGAUCAGGUCAUGGCAGUUGUUCAAACUGAAACUGAUUCCUCCAUAGUUGCUCAAGAUGAAGUUUGUCCCACAGUAACAGGGUUAGCAGAUGGUCAACUUGUGUCAGCGGAUCAGAGUGAACCUGUUCAGCUCAUGUCAGUUGAUCAAAAUGUAAAUGAUCAGUUAUUGUCAGUCCAUCCAAGCGAAACUGAUCAAGUCAUGGAAAUUGCUGUGAGUGGAAAUUAUCCAUACAUAGUUGAAGAUCAGGGUGGAAAUGGUCAUCCAGCAACAGGGGAACAGUGUGUAGUUGACCAAUUGGAAGUUAGUCCAGUUGAAACUGAUCACUCUAUUGUAAAAGGUCAGGAUGAAGCUUGUCGUAUAGUAACAGUGAUGGCACAUGAAGGAGAAACUGGUCAGUUGGUUUCAGUGGAAAAAACUGGAUCUCAUGAACUUGAGACUGUUGAUAACUCUGGAAAUUAUCAUUCUCUACCAGCAGGUCAGGAUGAAACUGGUCAGUCAGUAACUGAAGAUCAGACCGUAAAUGAUCAGUUCAUGGCAGAUGGUCAAUUUGAAACCGUACAUUCAGUAGUGGAAAGUCAAGAUGCUGAUCAGACAGAACCUGGGUUAGCAAAUGAAAGGGAGUUCAUAUCAGAGGAUCAAAGUGAAUCUCACAAGCUCACGGUAGUUGACUCUGAAAAUGAACAGUAUCUAAUAGCAGAUCAAAGUUUAACUGGUCAGUCAGAAAUGGGAGACCCAAGGGUAACAGAACAGUUUAUAAUAGUUGGUCAUGUUGUAAAUGAUCAUUCCAUAGUAGAAGAUCAAAAUAAGAUUGGUCAGACAGAAUCUAGGUUUCCAAGCCAAGGUGAAACUAGUCAGUUAGUAUCAGGAGAUCAAAAUGUACCUAACCAGUUUAUAGCAGUUGGUCAAGUUGAGUCAGAUCAAUCUAUAGCUGAGGGCAAAAUUGAAACCACUCAGACAGAAACUAUAUUACCAAACAAAGUUGGAACUAGUCCGUUAAUAUUGGGGAAUCAAAGUGGAGCUGAUCAUCUCAUGGUAGUUGACUCUGGAAAUUAUCAGUCUGUAAAAGUAGAUCAUAGUGGAACUGGUCAGUCUGUCUUACCAAAUGAAGUUGGAACUAAUCAGUUAGUUUUGGGAGAUCAAUGCAGAUCUGAUGAGCUGAUUGUUGAGUCUGGAAAUGAUCAGACUGCAACCAUAGGUCAAGCUGGAGCUGAUCAGUCAUCAGCAGAUCAAACUGUAGCUGAUACAUUUGUUGUAGUUGCAACUCAUCAGCCUUUAGUAGAACAUCAAAGUGUAUUUGGGUUAGCAGAUGGAAGUGGAACGAGUCAGAUAGCAUCAGGGAAUCAAAAUGGAAAUGAUCAGCUUGUGGCAGAUGAACCUUAUGGAAAUGAUCAGUCUGUAGUAAAAGCUCAAUGUGAAACUAUUCUUUCAAUUGUAUUGAAUCAAAGUGUGCCUAAUCAGUGUGUGGCACUUAGUCAAGGUGAAAAUGAUCAGAUUGUACCAGGGAAUCAAAGUGAAACUGAUCAGUCCAGCAUACUAGAUCAGGCUGGCCUUGAGAAACCCAAAAUAGUUGCAGACUGUGGCACAGAUAAGUUUAGUUCUGUUGCUCCUGAUUGCUCAGACAAAGAAACUGCAGCAGUAUACAUUAGCCUUGAUCAGUCCUCUGCAAUAUCUCCAUGUGUUUCUGACCAUUGCACACCUGCUUCACCUGAAGAUAUUACUGAUCAUCCCAUGGCAGCAGAAUCUGAAGGCACAGUCCAGCCUGAAGCAAAGGCUCAGGAUGGUGCAAACCAGGUACUUAACCUGGAUCGCAAUGGACUAGAAAAAAUAGUUUUUACCCCAUACGAUGCUGUUGCUCGAGAGGAAUUGUUUAAGGAACUGUGCAACAUAAAGUUAUUUUCAAUAGUCACUGAGGAAGAGUUUGCAAUUGAUGGACAACCAUACAUGCCUGUAGGGAUACACUACCUUAACAAACAAGACAUUCAGUGUGAAAAUAUAUUAGCCUUUAUCCCCCUUUCCACAAACAUUCCUUCAUUUGUGGAUACACUCACCAUAACCCUCUCUGAGAAUUGGGGAUUGAACUUGGCACUCUGUAGAAGUCAAUCUUUGGCAAGACCAGGUGUCCCUCAGAUGACACAGGCUUCAGCUUUGCUUUCCCAGAGACUCCCUCAUGCUUUCAGUUUCCCAAACCUUGUAACUCCAAAAUCUUUGCUAGCCAGUUUGUCCUCCCUAACAGACACAACUCACUGUUUUGAGUGCUUGGAGCAGCUCUUCAUGUGGUUCUCUGAGGAUAUUCAGCGACGUGUAAGACUAGAGGAUGCUGUUGUGCAUUUGUUCCAGAAUGAUGAAAGGAAGGCAAGUGAUCUGAAAGCCAAGAUCAGCAGCAAUCAAUUGGCAAUGAGCCCCGAAGUUCUGGAACUUACUUCAGACAUUCUAGAGGCCAUUGCCUUUACCUUGAAUGAGAUGAAAGGGAACCAAGAUAAUGAGGCAAACAAAACACAGGCUCAAAGCUUCCUUUCUGCUAUCCAAAACUUUGAUUUCAUUUUGACUGUUGUGAUUAUGAAAAACAUCUUGAGGCUCACCAAAAGCAUAAGCCUAAGCCUUCAGGGAAAUGCCUUCGAUGUGUAUCAAGCUGUAAACCGCCUGUCUGAUCUGCUCCCCUCUCUCAGUGAAAUAAAGAACAGUAUUGACUCACAUCAUCAAAUCUGGUUUCAAGAGGCAGUUGCAUUAGCGUCUAAGCAGCCACUUUCACUACAACCGCCCUUAAAUGUGCACUACAGAGAGGACUUCAGUAAAGGGGCCAUUGAGCACUGUAUUGCUGAGAUGGAAGGGCUCUCCCAGGAUGUCCUGUCUGCUCUUCGCUGCUUGCAGGUUGUGCCUUAUGUCAUGUCGAAAGUGGAGGGAUGCUGCAAGGACACGGAGUUUGUCAAGGUGUUCCAAUAUGUCUUACCUGACCUAAACUCCUUCCAGGAUGAACUGCAGAGGUGGAGGGACAGAUGGCAAGACUCUAUUGCAAGUCAUCAACACCUACCCGACACUGUUCUCGGCACUCUCAAAACUUCAGACAUUGAGUCUUUUCCCAACAUUUCAACUAUCCUUAGGCUCCUGGCAGUCCUGCCUGUCUCCAGCACACAGAGUAGCUUCACACAGGGAAAGAUUCAUUCUGAGCUGUACCGUCUGUAGUAAGCUUGGCUUAGCUGCCCCCAAACAAGCUCUCUAAUAGGAUGUCAUACACUUCUGAAACUUCAGAAUGUCCCAUUGUUUUCUGUAAACUGUAGGUCACAUCUGGCAGUAGGUUUCAGUGUGUGUGUGUAUGUAUGUAUGUAUGUGUGUGUGUGUGUGUGUGUGUGUGUGUGUGUGUGUGUGUGUGUGUGUGUGUGUGUGUGUGUGUGUGUGUGUGUGUGUGUGUGUGUGUGUGUGUGUGUGUGUGUGUGUGUGUGUGUGUGUGUGUGUGUGUGUGUGUCAAUAUAUAUAAUUGAAUUAUACCUGUAGACUUUAAGUAUAACCACAUAUUGGUUUUAUUAAAAACAUCUUUUUUUUUUUACAUUUCUUUUAUGUAAGUGGCAUGGAAAAAGAGGACCGCUAAUUGGGACCAAUGUCUUGCCAAAAAAAAAUGAGAAUAGGAUGCCCUUGUGGGGCCUUACUGCUUUGUGCCUUUAUGCAAAAACCUCCAACAUAACUCUUUAAAUCAUGUGACACCGAAAGUGUGGAUGGAGGCUUUCACAAAAACACUUUUUGGGAAUUUCCUAAUAUCUUCAGGAACUUUUAAAGACUACAAAUCAUAUAAAUACUCGAGAUGCAUUGCGAGGAGAAGAGAUUCAUGUUUUAUUCAUUCAUUUACACAAUGAAAUGUAACUGUGUUAUAUUGUCAAAAAGUCAUCCAUCGGCACAAACUAAAAAUAGCUUGUCUCAUUAUGCUUGUUACAAUGUUUGAUUUGUUUGCAGUUUUAUUUAGAUGAAUGGAUCUUUAUGUAAACCAUUCUCCCUGAAGCCGCCCUCAUGAAGGAAGCGUACAUAUAUGUUUGACUAAAAUAAACAAAUAAAAUCAAUGAAAAGAA